UGCGCGAUUCAUCCCUGUUCGAUUCAAUCUACGCCGGCAACAUGGCCAAGCCCAAAGCAAAGCGGCUCAAAUCGUUCCCCAACGACGCCGCAGCGGCCGACGGCGUGGCCGCGAGCGCCAUCGCUUCCUCGUACAACGACCACAUACGCCCGCUCCUGGACGCCGUGGACCGGCUGCGCCAUCUCAAUGUCUCGCAGGAGGGCAUCCAGCUGCCCACCAUCGUCGUCGUCGGCGACCAGUCCAGCGGCAGGUCCAGCGUGCUCGAGUCGCUGGCCGGCAUCAGCCUCCCGCGCGGCCAGGGCAUCUGCACCCGCGCGCCGCUCGUCAUGCGCCUCAAGGACGACCCUUCCGGCGGCGACGCCCCCGUGCUGCAGCUCGAGUACGGCGCCGGCCGCGUCGUCAGCACCUCUGAGGCCGAGGUCGCCGACGCCAUCGACGCGGCCACCGCCGAGAUCGCCGGCUCUGGCAAGGGCAUCUCCGACAGGCCCAUCACCCUCGUCGUGCGGAAGCGCGGCCUCCCGGACCUCACCCUCGUCGACCUCCCCGGCAUCACGCGCGUGCCCGUAAAGGGCCAGCCCGACGACAUCUACGAGCAGGUCGCCGGGAUCAUCAAGGAGUACAUCGCGCCCAAGGAGACCAUCAUCCUCAACGUGCUCUCCGCCACGGUCGACUUCCCGACCUGCGAGUCCAUCCGGAUGUCGCAGCAGGUGGACCGUCACGGCGACCGCACGCUCGCCGUCGUCACCAAGUCCGACAAGGCCCCCGAGGGGCUGCUAGACAAGGUCACCAUGGACGACGUCAACAUCGGCCUCGGCUACGUCUGCGUCCGCAACCGCGUCGGCGACGAGACGCACGACCAGGCGCGCGGCGAGGAGGAGCGGCUGUUCGACCAUCACCCGCUCCUGUCCAGAAUCGACAAGUCCAUGGUGGGCAUCCCCGUGCUCGCGCAGCGGCUGAUGCAGAUCCAGGCCACCAUCAUCGCCAAGUGCCUCCCCGACAUCGUCAAGCAGAUCACCGACCGGCUCAGCCGCAGCACCGCCGAGCUAGAGCAGAUGCCACCGGAUCUCAACAACGUGGCCGACGCGGUGCGAGCCUUUUUCCACAUUGUCAAGCGGACGUGCUCGUCGCUGGAGAAGAUGCUCGUGAGGGGCGAGUUCGACGAGUACCCCGACGACCGCCACUUCCACGGAACCGCGCGUAUCGCCGAGAUGCUGAACGCGUACGCCAAGAAACUGCCGGCAGAGUGCCCCCAGCAGAGCAGCGACCUGUUCCUGAUGGAGGAGGUGCGCAUCCUGGAGGAGACCACGGCCAUCAAGCUCCCCGACUUCCUCCCAAGGUCGGCGUUCCUCGUCCUGCUCAAGAAGAAGGUCCAGACCGUCGUGCAGGUGCCGCACGACCUCGCCCGCGAGGUCUGGGUGCUGGAGGUGCUGCUGCAGCACUCGAACGACUUCCCGCAGGUGCAGCCGUCGUGGCGCCGCGCGGUCCAGAGCAUGAUGGACAAGGCACGAGCGCAGUCGGCGCGGCACGUCACGGAGCUGAUCGACAUGGAGCUGGUGGCCGACUACACCUAUAAUCCCGACUACAGCAAGACAUGGUCCGAGCUCAUGGAAGGGUACGGCAAGUUCAUGGAGGCCGUGAAAGACCGCACCAAACCCACGGCCGUCACCCUGAAGGGCUUCGGGAAGGUGGAGGUGGCGCACCUGAGGAACCACGACGACCUGGCCGGGCAGGCGUUCGACAUGCGGGCUCGCCUCGCCUCGUACUGGAGGAGCAUCGUGCUCCGGCUCGUCGAUGGGCUGGCGCUGCACGUACCGCGCGCCGUGAAGCGGCUCGCCGAGAACGACCUCGAGGUGGCGCUCUCCGACGAGCUCCUAGGGAACAAGAUGGCCGGAGUGGAGCGGAUGCUCGCGCCCUCGCCCGGCACCGGCAGCAAGCGCCAGCGCCUCAAGAAGAGCAUCGUAUUGCUUCAGCAGUCCAAGGAGGCCGUGGCUGACAUCAUGGACAGGAUUAGCGCGGCAGGGGAAGUGUAG